GCCCGCCCCCGACGGCCCUGCCUCGACACGCCUGGCCCGGCUCCUGCUCUCUCCUCCCCGAGGCUGUCCCGGUGAAGGGCGCCAUUGAGCAGAGCACAGUAGUUAAACACAUGGAUACUGGAGCCCGGGAUCCUGUCUCCCCUGCUUCUUUACUUCGUGACCUUAAAAACCGUCAUCAUUCGUUUCUGCUGGGAGCACCCCUGGCCGUUCCGUCAUUCCACCAAGCGUGUGAUGGGACAGAGCCCGUCGUGUGGGAGGCCCGGACUCCGCUUGCCCUUUCUCCUGGAGAAGAUUCUGGUUGUAACUGCUCAGCCAGCCUCUCCCCUUCCUGGCUCUCUUACUUACGGCUGGAUCCCAGCGCCCUGGCUGUUCUCAAUCUGAGGGCCGGUCUUCGCGUUCGAAGGGAGGUUAGCAAAGGUCAGAAAGGUCGGAAAGACAGACAGCAUCCACUGAGACUUUCACGUCAGAAAUGGAACCCUUUUCACCCUCUCCCGCUGUCUCCUCCUUGUCCUCAUGCACCUGUCUGGUACGAGGACCUCAGAGAGGCCCCGAGAGUCUCCCAGCCGUUGCCCAGCCCCGCCUCCUGCCUGCGGACGCGCCACCAUCAUAGGAGGGACGCCGGGUGUACCGUGGGGCACCUGGGUUUUGGGUCCAGCUCCGCCACCAUCUCACUGUGUGACAUCAGGCAAAUCCCUCCCCCCCCUCCCACCCCCUCCCUGCCCCGGACCUGGAUUUCCUCAUUACUGAAUGGAAGGGGCUGGAUGGCUGAUGGCCAAGGGCUUUUCUAUCCCAGGCAUCCCAUAGGAUCCCAGGCAGCAGGAGGGCCUGGGGAGACUGGAGAAGGGAGGUUGUCCUGUGGCAGGAUGUGACCCCUACACGCACGUGGUGUGGGCAUAGUUCUGUCGCUGACAGUGAAAGAGAGCACAGGUCACACGCUGAAGGGCACCCCGGCCAGGGCGACACAUCAGCCCACAGAAAUGACAGCCCAGAGAGGAGGAUUAUAAUGGGAGCUGGCAGUUUUGGGGUGAAGGUGAACAACCCUGCAGGGGGAGGGGGAUUUCCCCAU